ACAGCAUUGCAUCGGUAUUGCCAAUGUUUGUCUCUAGGAAUUUGCCGAAUGUCUGAUACUUAGGUCCAAUCCCUUCUCGCACAACCUCAAGUCUUGCACCCCACUUCGCUCACACUGAUAGCAAAUCUUCGACGACUCAUAAUGAGCGAACACCAUAGGCCACAUCCUCCUCCAGAAGCCCGCAGAUCCGGCGAAGCGACCGCUGAGGUUUCAGAGAGCUCGAGAAAACGGAAAGUCAUGAAAGACUUCACUGAAGAACGUCCAAAACCCCUCAAGCGGUCCCGCAACCAUGACCCUGUUGUCGAGAACGUCGUUCAUGGAGCUUCGUCGCAUCAGAGUAUAGAGCAUCCCACUAUGUCUGAGAAUUCCAGUGGCUACAUGAACCAAGCACUAUCCAGAGAACCUGCUUCACAGGUUCAGGCUGCCCCUUCUGCCCUGCAGGAAGGGACUAGUCACCAAACGGCCGUUUCUAAAUUCCAGGAUGUCUGUGAGGAUUUACAACGCAUGAAUCUACUCGAGAACCAUGCGACAUCUAUGGCAUCCUCCGGCCAAAAUGCCCAAGCGGAUGUCGAUAUCGCAGACAAUUUCCAGGCCACAUAUCUCGAACCGCUCAGGAUUUUCGACACUGCCAUCGAGAAAAUCGCGAAGGUAGUUUCGCCUCCUGGUCAGCAGUCGUUGAUGAUGUGCAGAUUAUUCUUGCUCAAGCGGAUCGCGACCAAUCGCUACAUCAUCUUCUCAAGAAAUUAGAUGAAGUUUACCGCUUCAUAACCCAAGACGACUCUCUUGACC